AUGUGCUCGCGUAGUGUUGCGGUGGAGCAAUGCCGCCAGCAGAGUGGGCAACGAUAUACACGCCAGCAGCCGGAGAAGAAGCCAAAGACAACUGUAGAGAGCAAUUGGCAGCAACGGACCGAUCACUUCCCUCUCAACAAGUCCGAAGACUUCAAGCGGUACCCAACCGUAACAUCAGAUGGAUUGCGCAGUAGGAAAGAACGGCCGAGGCGGGCAAAGAUGUUGAUGCGUGACUUCAUCGAGGACAGCUUGUACAAUCCGCACUAUGGCUACUUCAGCAAGAAUGUGACCAUCUUCUCACCUGGCGCACCUUUCGACUUUAACCGCAUACCAGACGAACCAGAAUUCAACCGCUUGCUGGGCGAGCGUUACAGCCAGUUUGAAGAUGAGCUAGACAAGGAACAAUUCAGGGAGGAUAGACAGCUCUGGCACACUCCCACUGAGCUGUUUCGACCGUUCUACGGUGAAGCAAUAGCACGGUAUAUGGUUGCGAAUUACAAGCUUACGCUAUAUCCAUAUCAUGAUCUCGUGAUCUACGAAGUGGGAGCUGGCAACGGCACCCUGAUGCUCAAUAUUCUGGAUUAUAUUCGACGAGUAGACCCCGAGGUGUACGCGAGAACAAGGUAUCGCAUCAUCGAGGUCAGCUCGGCGCUUGCAAAGCUUCAGGACCAUGGACUAUAUGCUUCUGCUGCGAGUAGAGGCCACAGUGACAAGGUUGAGAUCAUCAACAAAUCGGUCUUCGACUGGGAUACAUAUGUUCCGGAACCAUGCUUCUUCUUGGCCAUGGAAGUCUUCGACAACUUCGCGCAUGAUGUCGUUCGAUACGACCCUGAUACAGAACAGCCAAUGCAAGGGUCUGUGCUCAUCGAUGCCGACGGCGACUUUUACGAGUUCUACGAUCGCAACCUGGAUCCAGUUGCAGCACGAUAUCUACGCGUUCGAGACGCAGCAUGCCAAGACCGACAGUAUGCUGGCCCACUACGGUCACCACCAUGGCUGAGAAAGCUACGGCACAGUCUACCAUUCGCACCGAACUUGACGUUACCCGAGUAUCUGCCUACAAGACUCAUGCAGUUCUUCCACAUCCUUGGGACCAAAUUCCCAGCGCAUCGCCUCAUCACUUCAGACUUCCACAGCUUACCUCAAGCGACCCCAGGCUACAAUGCACCCGUCGUACAAACUCGUUAUCAAAGACGCACGGUCCUGGUGACAACGCCGCUGGUGCAACAAGGCUACUUCGAUAUCCUGUUUCCGACCGACUUUGGUGUUAUGGAGGAUAUAUAUCGUGCCAUCACUGGACGAUUGACGAGGGUGAUGACGCAUGAGGACUUCUUCCAGCGGUGGGCGGAUGUUGAGGGGACGGAGAUGUUGAGUGGGGAGAACGCCAUGCUGGGGUGGUACAAGAAUGCUAGUGUAAUGGUCACUGUAUAA